UUCCGCAACAUUUUGGAGUACGAGUUGCUUAACAAAUAUAGGAAAUACUGCAUGCGUUUUCUAAAUCAAGGCAGUAUAUAUAAUUUGUGCUCUUAAUCGAGCCAAUACCAGUAGAGCCCUAGUAUGGCACUUAAGUCUUUUAUUAUUUUAUACACAAUAAUUUUGAAUGGUGCUGAAAAUGUUGAUUCUUCAGAGGAUUGGUCCAAGUUCAUAAAUGGGAUUGAAGAAGCUAUUUCUUCCUAUUCAUCAUAUAUUUUACCAACUAAUAAUAAUGAAUACCACAUCGAUGAUGUACCCCAAGGAAUGACAGAUUUUGGUACGUACGAUUUUAUAAUCGUAGGUGGAGGUACAGCUGGCGGUGUACUAGCAAAUCGUUUAACCGAAGAGCCCUUCAGCGUAUUGGUGCUGGAAGCUGGAAAAGAAGGACCAUCAUGGGCCGCAGUCCUUGGCAUAUCACCAUUGUUCUAUCGUUCAGAAUGGGUAUGGGGAUAUAAUUCAACUCCGCAAACAACAUCUUGCUUGGGCUCUAGAAACCAUCAGUGCUUUUAUCCGAGAGGCAAGGCGUUAGGUGGAAGUAGUGUUGUCAAUGGGGGACUGUAUGUUAGAGGUCACCCUAAAGACUAUGACAGAUGGGAGGAAGCGGGCAACCCUGGUUGGUCGUAUAAAGAAUGCUUGCCAUACUUUAAAAAGUCAGAAAAUGCUAAAUUUACUCACAAAAUCGAUCGUGCAUCUCAUGGAAGCAACGGACCACAAACAAUAGAUAUUCCAGAAGAUACACCGGAGUUGACUUCCAACCUUUUAGAUGCAUUUGGUAGUAUUGGUAAACCGGAAAUAGACUAUAAUGGACCAAGUCUAAAUGGCGCAGGCAGGAUGCAGUACUAUUUAGAUUACAAUACCCGUUCUAGUAGUGCUCAUGCCUUUUUUAAGCCAAUAAAACAUCGUCAGAACUUAAGAAUCUCACUGGAAUCUUUCGUUACAAAAAUUCGAAUUUUUCAAAGACCACUUAAGGCGUAUGGCGUGGAAUUUAUUAAAAACGGACAAAGGUAUUUCGCAACUGCUCGCACAGAGGUUAUAUUAUCCGCAGGAGCCAUAAAUUCUCCACAAAUUUUGAUGCUUUCUGGCAUUGGACCAAAAGGAGAGCUCCAGCAGCACAAUAUUAAUGUUGUUGCAGAUUUACCUGUUGGUAAAGGGUUAUUGGACCAUGUGAAUUUUCCUUGUGUAUUUUAUAGAACAAACACGUCAUUUUAUAAUGUUACCCUUAUGGAGGGUAUGAACUUAUGGAGAGAGGCGAAGCGUCCUUUGGUCGAGGGAAUCGGAGCACAAAUCAUAGGUUUCUUUAAUUUCGAAGGUUCAGAAGAAAGUCAACCUGAAAUCGAAAUAUAUGUUAAUCGGGCCACUCCUUCACUCCCACAAUAUUUCAACAUGAACGAUGACAUAAUCGAAUCUUAUAAGCAUUUUAACAGUUAUACAGAUAUACUUGUGAAUGUCGUUUUACUACAUCCCAGAUCAGUAGGUAGCGUAAGGCUACAGUCUAGUAAUCCUAGGAACUACCCCCUAAUUCAUACAAACUAUUUGUCAGAUUUAGACAAUAAUGAUAUUGAAAAUAUGUAUAAGGGAAUACAAGCUAUAUUAAAACUUAACGAAACCAAGGCCUUCCAAAAUUUCCAUGGGAAACUAAUGGUACCUGCCAUUCCAGGAUGUGACGACAAAUUUGAGAGAAUGUCAAGGGAGUGGUGGUAUUGUGCAUUGAGAACAGUAGCACAUACCCUAUUCCAUCCGGUAGGUACGACCAGAAUGGGGUCAAGUCCAAGCACUUCAGUAGUUAACGCUGACCUUCGCGUUCAUGGAAUAGGAAAAUUAAGGGUGGUUGAUGCAGGAGUCAUACCAUCACAUAUAUCUGGGCAUACCAAUGCCGCAGUGGUUAUGCUAGCUGAGAAAAUUGCGGAUGUCAUUAAAACGCAACUUCAUUAAUUUAAGAAAAAGCGGUUUUGUUAUUUUCGACCUCGAAGUUGGAGAAAGAGUUAAAUUAUAAGAUCCUUAAUAUAGAUGCUGUAUUUUCCCUCUAAAAUCGAAGGUAGUAGAGCUUAUUACACAAUUUGGUUGUUCGCUCCUAGUGCUAAUCCUUUAUAUUCUUUUUCAUUCCUUUAAUUUUCUGAUUGCUCUACCCUAAAGAAGCCAAUAAGCAUUUGAUUCUUCCGUAUCUCAUUUUACGAAGUAUCCCGAUAAACUUAUUCAUUUAUCAUUUACCGUUUUGGAAACUUUCUUUCUCUAUACAUACUAUAAUGUAAAAUAUAAGAGAGAGGUAUGAACAAAGUCGAAAUAAACUAAUGUACAGUUGUUUUGUGAAGCCGAAAUAAA